AGCUCCGCAGCAGCAUGGCGGCGCUGGCGCGGUGGGCGCGGGCCGCGCUGCGGCCGGGGGCGGAGCGGUGGUACCGGGCGCUGUGCGGGACCGCCGCCGCCCCUCCGCUCCCGCCGCCUCCUUCCCCCUCACCUCCGCCUCCUUCCCCCUCACCUCCGCCUCCCCACUCCUCCGCCGGGGGCCGGGCGCUGGCGGCGGUGCUGGGCGCCGGGACAGCGGCGCUGCUGCUGCUGUGGGCCCGGCAGGGCGAGGGGCACCGGCCCGCUCUGCCCGCGCUGCGCGCCGCCGUGCCCGCGCCCCCGCCCGCCUCGCCGCGCGCCGCCUUCAACUUCAUCGCUGACGUGGUGGAGAAGACGGCGCCCGCGCUGGUUUACGUGGAGAUCGUGGGCAGGCAUCCCUUUUCGGGCCGCGAGGUGCCCAUCUCCAAUGGCUCUGGGUUCCUGGUGUCCCCGGACGGGCUCAUCGUGACCAACGCGCACGUGGUGGCGAACCGGCGGCGCGUGCGGGUGAAGCUGGCCAGCGGGGAGCAGUACGAUGCCGUGGUGCAGGACGUGGACCAGGUUGCAGACAUCGCUACCAUCAAGAUCAAGCCGAAGGUGCGCAUCCUGCUUCUGGAGACGCUCCCUCCGUCCCUCCCAUCCGCUCACCGCUCUCCUCCCUUGCAGCACCCGCUGCCCACGCUGCCCCUUGGGCGCUCCUCUGAGGUGCGGCAGGGAGAGUUCGUGGUGGCCAUGGGCAGCCCCUUCGCCCUGCAGAACACCAUCACCUCGGGCAUCGUCAGCUCGGCACAGCGCGGCAGCCGGGAGCUGGGCCUCGCCGCCUCCGACAUGGAGUACAUCCAGACGGACGCUGCCAUCGACUUUGGGAACUCCGGGGGCCCCCUCGUCAACCUGGACGGCGAAGUGAUUGGGGUGAACACCAUGAAGGUGACAUCGGGCAUCUCCUUUGCCAUCCCCUCUGACCGCCUGCGGACGUUCCUGCAGAAGGAGGAGCACCGCAAAAGCUCUUGGUUCGGCAGCACAGAGGCAAAGCGCCGCUACAUCGGGGUGAUGAUGCUGACUCUGACACCCAGCAUCCUGGCUGAGCUGAAGCUGCGUGACCCCAGCUUCCCCGACGUCUCCUAUGGAGUGCUGAUCCACAAGGUGAUCAUCGGCUCGCCAGCCCAUCAGGCCGGGGUGAAGGCGGGUGAUGUGGUGCUGGAGAUCAACGGGCAGGCGUCGCGCCGCGCCGAGGACGUGUACGAGGCGGUGCGGACCCAGCAGAGCCUGACCCUGCUGCUGCGGCGCGGCCACGACUCGCUGCUGCUGAGCGUGGUCCCCGAGGCCACCGAGUAGCGGAGCUGCGGCGGGGG